AUCACCAAAUCACCGUUCUCCACAUUGCAACCAGAGGCCACGUCCUGUGUAUAUCAGACACGCAGACGCUCUCACUCUCUCUCACGCGCGAGCGCGUGCGCGCACGCGCUCGCUCAUCCAUCCAGCCGUUGAAGGCUGGAGCAGCUCUGAAUCCAGUGAAGCUCUGCGAAAAUGGCGACUCUGGUAAAGGGUUUCGGCGGUGGUUUUGCGGAGACUUGCAGAAGAGAAAUCGGUUUUACUCAUCCUAGAUGUUUCAGCCGCGGAAUCUCUGCUUCAGAGGUUCUUGUGAAUCGAAUCAAUCUCUAUGGGAAGUUAAAUGGUCAUGAGGGCUGUGUAAAUACAGUAGAAUUUAAUUCUACUGGUGAGGUUCUUGUGUCGGGUUCAGACGACAGAAAAGUCAUAUUUUGGGAUUGGGCUACUGAAACUAAGCGGUUCUCAUAUACUUCAGGGCACUCAGACAACAUAUUCCAGACUAGAAUUAUGCCAUUUACUGAUGAUCGUAAAAUAGUAACUUCUUCUGGUGAUGGUCAGGUGAGGCUUGGACAGGUCUCAGAGAGCGGUCAAGUCUGUACAAAAAGGUUGGGGAAGCACCUAGGCAAUGUUUACAAGCUUGCUGUGGAGCCUGGAAGCCCCUACAUAAUUUAUAGCUGUGGCAAUGAUGGUUUUGUUCAGCAUUUUGAUCUGCGAAAUAAUUCUGCUACAAAGCUUUUUGUUUGCUCCUCAUUCACAAAAGACAAGCAGCAUCCUUCUAGCAGUGUAAGGUUGAAGUCCAUUGUGAUUGACCCAAGAAAUCCCAACUAUUUUGCUGUAGGAGGUUCAGAUGAGUAUGCCCGUGUGUAUGACAUAAGACAAUACCAUUCGGAUGCAUCAAGUCAUUCAGACAUGCCUGUGAACACAUUUUGUCCUCAUCACUUGAUUGGGACUGAGGAUGUUCACAUCACAGGAUUGGCCUACUCCAACACUAGCGAACUCCUUGUCUCUUACAAUGAUGAGCUUGUAUAUCUGUUUCAGAAGAACAUGGGGAUGGGUUCCUCCCCAUUGGCUGCCUCAUCUGAAAACCUACAAAAACUGGAUGAUGCACAAGCUUACUUGGGGCACAGAAAUUCACGAACGGUUAAAGGGGUGAGUUUCUUCGGACCAAAUGACGAGUAUGUCUUGAGUGGAUCUGAUUGUGGCCAUAUUUUUAUGUGGAAGAAGAAGGGGGCUAAACUUGUGCAUGUGAUGGUUGGCGAUCAGUACAUAGCAAAUCAUAUUGAACCCCAUCCAUUUAUGCCUGUUCUUGCCUCGUGUGGAAUAGAACAGACUGUAAAGCUUUGGGCUCCCAUGCCAGAGGACACACUACCAUUGCCUGAUGAUGUAGAAGAGAUAAUGGAGGCGAACAGGCAAGGCAGGGAGGACUCACGACUUACUCUUACGCCUGAUGUUAUCAUGCAUGUAUUGAGGCUGCAGGGUAGGCAAACAAUGGCUUACAUUGAAAGGAGACAGGGAGGAGCUGAUGCAGAUGGUGAGGGAGAAGAUGAAGGCGGGGCUUAUGUAUUUAGGUUCACACCUGGUGAUGCCACUUCUGAGGAAAGUUUUACUGGAGACUCUAGAGAGUGUAACAUUACCUAAAAGCUUUGUACCCAUGUAACAUGAAACUUAGUGUCUUUCUCGUGUCUUUUGAAGCUUAUUUUGCGGGUGGGAUUUUUCUUUUUCUUUUUCCUUAAUGUCUUCUUUUUAAUUUCAUCCUUUUAAAUUUGUUUGAUGUCACAUGUUUAUGCAUCAUUUGUUUCCGAUGUAAAUAGUCUGAUAUGGAAGCAAAUGUGAAGGAUGAAAGCAAAUAUUCUAUCC